AUGCCAUUAGAGCGAUCCUUUAUUGAUCCUGGCCAUGCUUCCAUGGGGUACGAGGCCGGGCUGAUUCCCCGUCUCCGGCGAGAUUCCAUUGUACGCGGUGUGCUGGAGGAAAACGAGGACAUGCUGCGUGAAAUUGAUCUUCUUCGUGACACGGUUACGAAACAGGCGCAAGAACUUUUUACUGCGACAAAGCGCAUACACGUUUUGGAAUCAAGGCUUGCAAGAUUAGAGGGCGCUGAGGAUGCAUCCCAUGAAAGGACGGAUGACAGCGACAAUGUUGAAGAAGUUACUUCCGUGGACAAGGCUGGCAUUUUGCGUUCCAUCUUUAGGGCUAUUUCCUCAUGCCAGUUUGGCGAUCGUCACACAAGGAUACGUGCCUACAAGCAAGGGCUGGUGCGGAAAUCUGCUGAAAAAGCCAGAGACUUUGGGGAAAAGUCUGAGAAAAAGUCCGAGUUGCCGGGGAAAGAGCAGCAGGACUUUUUGGGACAUGCAUUUCAUGAAUCGAACAAGCGGUUGGAUGAGGUGUCUUCCCUUCUUCAGUCCUACCGCAAGACACCAAGUUUUUUAGUGAGUGCGUACGAUGAAUUGGUAAUUGAUUGUAUGAUGGAAAUUAUUAGAUUAUCGAAGAAGAUGAAUCUUAUGACAGUUGGGGAUUUUGGAGCUCUUGCAGAUUAA